UUAAAAGAGAAAGUCCUGCCAAAUUAUAAACAAACACUAUCAAGUGACGGUGAAAGACGGAUACUCUAAGAAACAUCUGCCGUUUAGAAGCUUGCGCACUGAUCACUUCAAGUUUCACAACCGAUGAAACUCACAUCAUUCGUUUUUCUGACAUGCGUGACACUGCUCUUCACGGCAGAAGUCAUCGAUGCCAGGCUACAGCUACGCUGCCAGUGUGCUAAAACAUAUUCAGGAAAGCCAUUUAACCCUAAACUAAUACAGAAAGUAGAAAUGAUUCCCGCCGGGGCGCAGUGCAAGAACGUGGAGGUCAUAGCCACUCUGAAAAAUGGACAGACGUGCCUCAAUCCCAAAGACGAAUGGGUGAAAAAGAUCAUCGAAGGAUAAUUUCGCCGCCCGUGUCCGUCGGGUUUUUCCUGUAUGCUGUGGCGCAGAUUUUCUUCUGCAUAUUUCUGCAGACCUGUGAAGAAAAAGCCUCGUCGUUUCGGCUGAAGGCAACAUAGCUGAUUAACAUUUUGCAUGAACGUGGAACACGUAUGAAGAAAUAUAUAUAUAUUUUUAUGUUGCUGUUUGGACAAUCUUCAGUUGUUUUGUCUACUUGGCCAAGUACGAUACAACCUAUUUUAAUUACAGUAUACUCCAUAUAUUUUAAAUGAUUAUUUUAUCGAUUUUAACGUUUGCGGCAUGACUGAUUUGUUUCCUUUUCUGGCUAGUGGCAUAAAAGUAAAUACAAAAAGGAAGGGUUCAGUGGUACGGGUGAAUGAUCGCACUGUUUAUUCUGUGGUAAGCUGUCGCUUAAACAUGAAAAAAACUACGUUUGUGAGACUAUUUGCCGUCUGGAAAAACCGGUGAUUUCAUAACACAUAAUAAAUGAUGCAAGAUGCUUUUUUACUUCCA